UUGCACGUUGAAGUUUGCAGUGAAACGUUAAAAUGUUACAGGUGGUUUAUCUGCUGAUUUGUAUGGUUGUCUUGUCUCGAUCUGACUGUCCGUGUAAGAAUGAAAUAAGAAACUACAACAUCUGCACGAAUUCUGCCAACUCAUGUGGUCUUCACCUCAGCGAAUUUGAAGAGUGCAUAAAGGACAGAUUUACUUCUAUGGAGACCAAGAUAAAUGCCUUGAAACACGCUAAUGGAAAUAUCCCAGGUAUAAAGCAUGUCUCUUUCAUGGCUCAACCAUCCUCAAAUCUAAAAUUGGCGCCUGGGAAUUUCGUUAAGUUUGGAGGUGUUACAACCAAUAAAGGUAACGGAUACGACGGCAAGACUGGUGUGUUUACUGCCCCUGUAGCAGGAAGUUACUCCUUUACUCUUAACAUUGGUAUGCCUACACCCUCCAGAACAUCGGACUACUUGAGGCUGCAGAUACUGCAUAAUGAAAAGCAAGUUGGAUAUUGGUGGACUAGAUGGGUAGGAAAAUGGGUCAAGAUCUCCGAAAAUGUUCUUCUUGAUAUGAAGAAGGGCGAAAAAGUACGGAUCAAGGUGUACACAUGGCCAAGAGAAUUUCAGUAUAUCGCUAGCGGGAUGCAUUCCAACUUCAAUGGAUUCUUAAUACAAUAACGGAAAAUAUUUAUGUAUUGAUUCUCAAAAGAACAUUUUACGAAUAAAUAUUUUGGAAGCAUCA